AAGAACUUGACACACUGAUAGGCGACAAAAGCGAGAAGCUGAGAUCUUCAAUCAUGUCCUGCAGUCCGGCCGGUAUUGCAAGCGCAUCCCUUUCCAGGCAGAUGGCAGUCCAACCCCAUCCCUUGUGCGAGCCCUCCCUUUCCUCCGGUGUACCGCAGCCAUUACACAGCAUCCACUCAUCAGGAGCUCUACAUGUCAAGAACCCCUUACCAAAUUUGCUCGGGGGGCAGCAAACCGCGUGCUAUUCAUCACCACAGGGUUUUCCUCAAAUCUCAAGUACGUUAAUGCAACAGUCACCCGACCCCCAGACCCUGUUUCCUUCUGGGGAGGCUCAAAGCGAGCUCAGAACUCAGCCCAGCAUCACCCAGGAUUCUCCAGUGCCGGCCCAGACGCCCCCCAUCUGCGGUGUGAAGGUGCUGCCGGAGCACUCCGCAGCCAGGACCGUGCAGGACACGCUCAUGCAGGAAGGAGACCUCAGCAACGACAUCGAUGCUCUCAAUCCAUCUCUGACUGAUUUUGAUCUCCAAGGAAACCUUUGGGAGGAGCUAAAAGAUGACAGCCUGGCUGUGGAUCCCCUGGUUCUCAUCUCGUCAUCCCCAACACCUUCCCAGUGCUUCCCUUCUCACUGCCAGAUGGAGAACAGCAGCACCACCAACAUCCCAACAGGACCCCCACACAGCGACCUACAGCUCACUACUCUUUACUCUGCCUUCAUGGAAUUGGAUACCGUGUCUCCUGCCUACCUACCUAAUUCUGGAUCCAAACCUAUAGCACUAAUGUGA